GGGGAAGAGUUUCCAAACUUGUCUCCAGUGACACGAGACAUUAACGCGCUACAAGAUAAAACUGCCACUUAGAGCCCAGGAGAGCUAAACCUUCCCGGGUUGGCCUGGGGGCUUGAGCAGAGUCAUGGGUUCUCUGGCCCUGCAACUGUGCGCUCUCGUCUGCCUGGUGGUUCACUCAGUUUCUGGCAGCCCCAUCAUGAGUCUGGAGCAGUCGCCUCUGGAAGAAGAUAUGCCCCUCUUCGAUGAUGUCUUCUCAGAGCAAGAUGGUGUCGACUUUAACACAUUGCUGCAGAGCAUGAAGAAUGAAUUCCUCAAGACACUGAACCUCUCCGACAUCCCUUCGCAGGAUUCAGCCAAGGUUGACCCACCAGAGUACAUGCUGGAGCUCUACAACAAGUUUGCAACAGAUCGGACCUCCAUGCCAUCUGCCAACAUCAUUAGGAGCUUCAAAAAUGAAGAUCUGUUUUCCCAGCCAGCCAGUUUUAAUGGGCUCCGAAAAUACCCUCUCCUCUUCAAUGUGUCCAUUCCUCACCAUGAAGAGGUUAUCAUGGCUGAACUGAGGUUGUACACGCUGGUGCAAAGAGAUCGCAUGAUCUAUGAUGGAGUAGACCGAAAAAUUACCAUUUUUGAGGUACUAGAGAGCAGAGGGGACAGUGAGGGUGAAAGAAGCAUGCUGGUCUUGGUGUCAGGGGAGAUCUAUGGAACCAACAGUGAGUGGGAGACUUUCGAUGUCACUGAGGCCAUUAGACGUUGGCAAAAGUCAGGUUCAUCCACCCACCAGCUGGAGGUCCACAUUGAGAGUAGACACGACGGAGUUGACGAUGCUGGCAGGGGACAACUGGAAAUAGACACCAGUGCCAGGAAUAAGCAUGUCCCUUUGCUUGUCGUGUUUUCUGAUGACCAAAGCAGCGAGAAGGAGCGGACAGAAGAACUGAAUGAAAUGAUCGCCCAUGAGCAACUUCUGGAGUUUGACAACUUGGGCAUGGACAGUUAUUCCAGCGGACCCGGAGAAGAAGCUUUGCUGCAAAUGAGGUCAAACAUCAUCUAUGACUCCACUGCCCGCAUCAGAAGGAAUGCUAAAGGAAACUACUGCAAGAGGACCCCGCUCUACAUCGAUUUCAAGGAGAUUGGCUGGGACUCUUGGAUCAUCGCCCCACCUGGAUAUGAAGCCUACGAAUGCCGUGGGGUUUGCAACUACCCCCUUGCAGAGCAUCUCACACCCACAAAGCAUGCGAUUAUCCAGGCCCUGGUCCACCUCAAGAAUUCCCAAAAGGCUUCCAAAGCCUGCUGUGUGCCCACCAAGCUAGAGCCCAUCUCCAUCCUCUACUUAGACAAAGGCGUGGUCACCUACAAGUUCAAAUAUGAAGGCAUGGCAGUCUCUGAAUGUGGCUGUAGAUAGAAGAGGAGUCCUGUGCUAAUUUAAUAACUGUAAAUGUGUAUAUUUUGUGUUCCUAUUUAAUGAGAUUAUUUAAUAAGAGUGUACAGAUGAUAGAGGCUUGCUGCCUUAGGGAAAUGGGCAGGUCAGUUUAUUGUAGGAAAUGCAUGUUUUGCUAAUACAAUAUCAUCCCUUCCAAUAUGUUUUUCUUUGGACUUGCCGUUUCUUGUCAAUGCCAUUUCCAAUAGCAAGUGGCAAGCCACACUAAUUGUCCUCUAUGUCAAUUUGAAAACAACAGGCCCUAAGCAGAAAUAGAGUGUCAGUGAUAGAUACUCGUGUAUGUAUAUGUGUACAGAGAUAAACUUACAAAAUUCUCCUGGUUCUAUAGAGGUACAUUAUACUCACACAUAUGCAUGACUCAAUCAAAUGUGUAUAUAUUAAAAACUGAUGGUAUAUUCUCAGUCAACUCUUCUCUGAGUAGGAUUUAUGUCAAGAUAAUUUGCACCAGGAAUUUGACCAUCCUAUGAAGUAUGACAUUUCCUAAAUACUAUUGGAAAUGUAGGUGUAGCUUUUUUUUUUUAACUUUUUUAAAGUUUAUUUAUUUAUUUUGAGAGAGAUAGAGACAGUGUGAGUAAGGGAGGGGCAGAGAGAGAUAGAGGGAGAGAGAGAGAGAAAGAGAAUCCCAAGUAGGCUCUGCAUGAUCAGCACACAGCCCGAUGUGGGGCUCGAACUCACAAAACUGCGAGAUUAUGACCUAAGCUGAAACCAAGAGUCGGAGGCUUAACUGACUGAACCACCCAGGCGCCCGGAAAUGUAGAUUAGCUUUUAUCAGUUGAGUUUGUGCCAUUGCUCAGGGCAACAGGACCAGGUAAAGGGUGCUGCCUGUUUAAGGAGAGGGGUUAUCUGAUACAGAAAUCAAAGGGCUUCAAGAGGCAGUGGCCUUAAGCUACAUUACCAAAGAAUGAGUCCCUGGAACACCACUGCGCUCUAGAGGGCAGCGCCUGGUCAAGAAAAAAAAAGAAAGAAAAAACAAAGAGGGAACUUCAGGAUGUUCCUGAGAUAACAGGACAGCAAGGCCAUGUGUGUUGGCCUUUACUGGUGGGAGGUGGGACGGUGCUCGCAGGAGAAGAGAGAAAAGGAUAUAGAUGCUAACCUAGGAUGUGUUUGUAAAAUUAUAAGCAGUUUUAACUGGAGAUUUAAAUCUUUUGGACAAAAUAAAAUUACCCAAGACCAAGAGGAGGAAAAUCAGAAGGGAUCCGUUUGUUGGACUCUUCUUAAUAUUUUUCUUUAAUUCUUACUAUUUCUCCCUUGCCUCUGCACCCCUGCUUUUGCUUCUUUCCACCCCUCUCCUUCCUUCUUUCUUUUCUUGUCCCAGCAUCUCAUACCCUUCUGUCAUUCUUGUUUCUCCUGUCUUCAUUGGCCUUUAUUGCCCUUGCUGUGGGGUUGGGAGGGAACACCCAAAAGCAUUUGCUGUCAGGGUGAGUGGGGUUAGUGCUCUAAUUUCUAGAUUUCCUCCCAAGAUUUAAUUUGACCUUACUCUAAUAAGUAUUCUUUAUGAAAGGUUUUUUCAUGAAGAAUACUUAAGUAUAAGAAAAAAGAAAACCAGGGUCCAAACAGAUACACCUAAAUAAAUGGAUUCAUAAAGAGACACACAAGCUAAUGACUCAAGAGCUAAGCCUCAAUUCUGAAAUCAGGUUUGCCCCCUGGUAGGCUUCCCAACUCUCCCAUGCUGCAGUCUCCCAGUUUGGAACUGGCCAGGGCUAAGGUAAUGGGGAAGUGUUCCUGAUACAGAUGGUCCAAUGGGCUUGCCAGCAGUUGGCUACAUGGAGGGACACUGAGGCUCUGAUCUUAGCUCCUCCCAGCACCACCAUCCAUGUGAUAUCAUGGGCUUUGUGCGGGAAGAACGAGAGCAGUAUAGGUCUCAAAUUGUUUUGACUCCUCCAGGAAGCCGACACUGAAGGUUCACACUUCUAGGAAUAUGGUUUCCAGUACAUUGUCCCCCACUCACCCCAUUGAAUGCUUCCUUAAGAAGUCUUGCAUUUUUUUUUUUACCAUGGGAAACCAGCAGCCUCCCUUUCACAAACCUCUUGGGGUGAUAAACUCAAAUUGCACUAGAAAAUAGAGGUAAGGGAAGCUAGAAGGACAUUUUGUCCGAUUUGGACCUCUGCUCUGUAUAUCCAUUGUCCACUGAUGUCCAGAGGGCAGAUUCUGGGAAAUCACUGCCCCAGAAAAGUGGAAUUUUGACCUUCAGUGAGUAUACAGUGAUUGACAAUUUGAGUUGGCCACGCAACUCAGGUCAUUCGUUUAUGAAAGAGCUUCCAUAUAAAGUGGCGUGCAUGUGUGCGUGUGUGUGUGUGUGUGCGUGUGUGUGCACGCGCGCACAUGGGAAACUGGCUUUGGAUAGUGACACUUAGAGCCCUCAGAGGGACAUAGUGCAUCCUUUAUAUCCACGGUACACACUCUAUCCUCACUUACUCUAUGGUACUGCUUCUCUUUUCUAAAGGACACUGUCUAUGAUAGACAUACAGUAAAAUCUCAGCUGAACAAGAUAGUUCUGGUUAGAUAAAAAUCCAGCAACAUUUUCUUUAUGUCUAAAAUACAUAAGACAGUGACGUGCUGGUGAAUGCUUUGCAACCAGCAAUCCUGAUUUGUAGGUUUCAAAGGUGUAACUCACUGUAGCCUAUUUCAAGCUACCAGUGUGAUGUCAAACGGCUUGCAAAAUUCCUGAAAACUCAGCAGGCUGCUCUCAGGAGCCACGCGAACAGGCCCUACACCCCGCUGCUAUUAGAGUGCUGACGGUAGAACACUAAGAUGUGCCAGGGCCUGUUUCCUUCACGCCCUCUGCUGACUCAGCCGGGUUUGGGGGGAAAUCUUGUGGCAAGCACACUCUUCUGUUAAAGAGACGUGAACGUCUAGGUCGUCAGUGAUUAGGCUGUGUAUCCCAGAUGUUUGUCCUUUUACUACAGGCCAGACGUAAUCAUGCAUUUCUAUGAUUUGCUUCUUCACUAUGGAAAAAGAGUAGAGCAAGUCACACGUUGGUUAUUCAAACGUUGCUAGUUGCAUUUUUUUUUCUCGUCAAGAAAUGCAAAGGCACAAGCCUUAAAUAGGGACCCCCAUCAGGCCUCUUGCCAUGUGUCUCACCUCUCCUAUAUCCCUACGCUAAUACGAAGCCAUGAAAUGGUCAGAUCCUCGGGAGGUAGAGGUCACUAACGUCCUUGCUGGUCACAGACCUUGGCUGCAUCCUGUGCCAGUCUUUUUUAUUAUGGAAGAAUUAUCAUCACUGAAGUUGACACCUAAAUGAUUCUUGAGGAGGAUUGUAGCAGAGGGAUUUUGACAGCCCACAACCAAAAUAUUCCUGUAAAAGUUUCUAGGCUUCUUACUAUUUAUUGAUGGAUAUAUUUAUUUUUUGUAAUAUAGUGUAGAAUACCAAAUAUUUUAUUUUUAAUGUUUGUGAUUCCCUCUUGGAUAAAAUAGUCUUCUGUGCUUUUCAAAUAAUACCUUCCUCGGAGUAUGGCUCCUUUACAAUUUACGGCCUGUAUUUUCAUCCGUCUUUUUUGCAUCAACAUUUCCUGUUACUUUAAGAGGACUUGUAAUAAGCUUGCCAUAACUGUGUAUAUUUGCGUCUGUUAGGCAUGCUGUGAGCCCCUUGGCAUAUUUACUCAUUUGCAAAUAGUACAGUUCUAACUGAAUAGUGUAGGUGUUCCAGAAAACAUUUAACCAAUGCAUUGUCAUGUCAUUUCCUGGGCUGACAUUGUCAUUUUUCCACAACAGGCAAAUAUUGUCAGGCUGUGAGGGACUGUGACUGCCUGCCAGUGAGCGGAGGCAGUGUUUAAUGGGGGUUUUUCAUUCCCCAAACUAGGUGCUUCCUCCUGACCGUAUCCAUUGCUUUCACUGACCAGCAAUGUAGAGACCCAGUUGGACAAAUCCAUUUGUAAUUAGUCCAAUUACUCUAUAAGCAGAAACAAUGUUAAGUUAGUGAUUCCCCCAAGAAUCAGCCUCGAAAUGCUUCAUUCUUUCCCUGUGUGUAAUUUUUGACCCAAGGAAUUCAUGGUAAAUACUUUUCCCAGCACUGUGAGUAAAUGUUUUGCUAUUCUUUGAAAUCUAUAUUCUUCAAGUAAAACAGAUUUUCACAGAAUGGAAUUUUACAUAUUACUUCUUACUGGACCCAUCAACAGCCUAUGAAGCCCAGAAGCGUUGUGGCAAAACCAUUUACAGUUUGUCUGUAAUGCAUAGUGGAUAUUGCCCUUCCUAAGGACUGUAGAUCUUUUCAUAGAGUCACCAUGGGUCAUACUUGGCCCUUUGCAGUUCCGGUGAAAAAGGAACGCUGUUGUGCAUUUUCUCUGCAUUUUCUCAUUCCCGACAAACGCAUUUGACUUCACACAUUAGGUGGAAGGAAAGCAUAUAACACUGUACACCAGCAGCAGAAAAAAGUGUUUCUGGGUGUGGAAAUGUACCCGUAAGUUAAUAACCUCAUCUAGGAAUGACCGUUUGCUGUGAUCAACACGCUUCUCUCGCACAUGAACGCUUGUUUUGUGUGUGUCUGGCUUGAUUGCACUUGGGAAGUGGGGGUGAUCGUGCCCACCCGACGAACUUCCACAGAUACGGGAAACCAGCUAACGCCACAGUCACACAGAACCAGCUGAAGCACACGCAUUUCUUUUCUUGUGUAAAAUGUGUUCAUCAUUUAUUUCCAAAUGUAUGUAGUAAUUACUAGACUGAAAGGAAGAUGGAGAUACUUUACACUGUGUUCAUAAGCCAAAAGUGUACAUUCAGAGUCAUCUUGUGAAAUAAAAUGGAACCAUUAUUUUGA